AUGCAUUAUUUUUCACAUGAGAAAGGAUUGGUUACAGCUGUUGGGGACAUAUCUCCAGAAGCGUAUCUUUCUCACCAAGCCACCCUGGUAGAACAAGUAAAAAGAGUAAAAGAAAUUGAAGCCAUUGAAAGUGAUUCUUUUGUUCAGCAGACGUUCAGAUCAAGUAAAGAAGUCAAAAAGUCGGUGGAGCCUGGUGACGUGAAGCACACAGCUGCAGCAUCAGGACCAGCAUCAGUAGUUGCUGAUCCACCCAGUGCUGAAAAAGAAAUAGACCCUAGCAGUAUCCCCACUGCCAUCAAGUACCAAGAUGACAAUUCUCUGGCCCAUCCAAAUUUAUUUAUUGAGAAAGCUGAUGCUGAGGAAAAGUGGUUCAAGAGAUUAAUUGCUCUCCGACAAGAAAGGCUAAUGGGCAGUCCUGUGGCCUAAGUGAAGUAUAUUUGGUUGAAUUGAUAAUAACAUUGGAUAUUUAGGUUUUUAAGUCCCAAUAUUAACUUUUUACUCUUAAAAAGCAGUUAGCUGAUUAUAUGAAAAGGUAAUACCAUUUCAUUCUUUUUUCACAUAUGCUUGAAUAUUUGUUGAUUGAACUUAAUCAAACAUUGUGAAUAGUAAAACUAGUGUGAAAUUUAACAAUGCAUGAAAAUGUCAUACUGUUAAUUAAGCUAAUCUUAAACAUAUCAGUGAUAAUAAAAUAAAUGGUACGUAGUA